AAGACGGACCGGGCUGCCGGAACCCUAGUUCACAGGACCAGACCGGGCCGUCGGAAGCCGUAGAGCCAGGGCCGGAAGUGGUCCGAGCCGCCGGAAGCCGUAUGGAACCCGCGGUCUCCGGAAAGUAAAGAGCCGGGCUACAGUAUGGCGGGCCUGGAGCUCCUGUCCGACCAGGGCUACCGGGUGGACGGACGUCGCGCGGGAGAGCUGCGCAAGAUCCAGGCGCGGAUGGGCGUGUUCGCGCAGGCGGACGGCUCGGCCUACAUCGAGCAGGGCAACACCAAGGCGCUGGCGGUCGUCUACGGGCCGCACGAGAUUCGGGGCUCCCGUUCAAGAGCCCUGCCUGACCGAGCCCUGGUGAACUGUCAGUAUAGUUCAGCCACCUUUAGCACAGGGGAGCGAAAGCGACGCCCACAUGGGGACAGAAAGUCCUGCGAGAUGGGGCUGCAGUUACGUCAGACCUUCGAAGCAGCUAUCCUUACCCAGCUGCACCCACGUUCUCAGAUUGACAUCUAUGUGCAGGUGCUGCAAGCAGAUGGUGGGACCUACGCAGCUUGUGUGAAUGCAGCCACUCUGGCAGUGAUGGAUGCCGGGAUACCCAUGAGGGACUUUGUGUGCGCAUGCUCAGCAGGAUUUGUGGACAGCACAGCCCUGGCAGACCUCAGCCAUGUGGAAGAAGCCGCUGGGGGUCCCCAACUAGCUCUGGCCCUGCUGCCAGCUUCAGGCCAGAUUGCUCUGCUUGAAAUGGAUGCCCGGCUGCAUGAGGAUCACCUGGAGCAGGUGCUAGAGACCGCGGCCCGGGCAGCCCGAGACGUGCACACGGUGCUGGAUCGCGUGGUCCGGCAGCACGUACGCGAGGCCGCUAUCUUGUUAGGAGACUGAGCUCCCAGCCACCCCUGUCCAGAAUAAAGGCCUGUUUCUCUA